CCUUUUUUCUCCUGGGAGCCAAAGAUAUAUCUUAGAGAAGAAUUAAUCUUUUGUUUCUCCAGUCGAACAUUUUCUAGCAACCAGAGCCAUGCAAAUAGUGCUCUCCACCUGCUUCUUUCUGUGCCUUUUGCCCUUCAGCUCUGGUGCCAUCAGAAGAUACUAUCUGGGCGCGGUGGAACUGUCCUGGGACUAUAUGCAAAGUGAACUGCUCAGUGAGCUGCACGCGGACACAAGAUUUACUCCUAGAAUGCCAAGAUCUUUUCCAGUCAACACCUCAGUCAUGUACAAAAAGACUGUGUUUGUAGAGUUCAUGGAUCAACUUUUCAACAUUGCCAAGCCCAGGCCGCCAUGGAUGGGUCUACUGGGUCCUACCAUCCAGGCUGAGGUCUAUGACACAGUGGUUGUUACACUUAAGAAUAUGGCUUCCCAUCCUGUUAGUCUUCAUGCUAUUGGCAUAUCCUGCUGGAAAUCUUCUGAAGGUGCUGAAUACGAGGACCAGACCAGCCAAAGGGAGAAGGGAGAUGAUAAAGUCAUUCCUGGUAAAAGUCAUACCUACAUCUGGCAGGUCUUGAAAGAAAAUGGUCCAACGGCCUCUGACCCACCAUGUCUCACCUAUUCAUAUCUUUCUCAUGUGGACCUGGUGAAAGACGUGAAUUCAGGCCUCAUUGGAGCACUGCUGGUUUGUAGAGAAGGGAGUCUGACCAAAGAAAGGACACAGACGUUGCACGAGUUUGUACUCCUUUUUGCUGUAUUUGAUGAAGGGAAAAGUUGGCACUCAGGAAAAAAUGAGUCCUUGACACAGGCUAUCGCUCCUGCAUCUCCGAUGCACACAAUCAAUGGCUAUGUAAACAGGUCUCUGCCAGGUCUGAUCGGAUGUCAUAAGAAAUCGGUCUAUUGGCAUGUGAUUGGAAUGGGCACCACCCCUGAAGUGCACUCAGUUUUCCUCGAAGGCCACACAUUUCUUGUGAGGAACCAUCGCCAGGCUUCCUUGGAAAUCUCGCCAAUAACUUUUCUUACUGCUCAGACACUCCUGAUGGACCUUGGCCAGUUUCUACUGUUUUGUCAUAUCUCUUCCCACCAACAUGUUGGUAUGGAAGCUUAUGUCAAAGUAGAUAGCUGCCCAGAAGAACCCCAACUACGGAUCGAAAGUAAUGAAGAAGAAGAUUAUGAUGAUGAUUUUUAUGACUCUGACAUGGAUGUGGUCAGGUUUGAUGGUGACAAAGCUCCUCCCUUUAUCCAAAUCCGCUCUGUUGCGAAGAAGCAUCCUAAAACCUGGGUCCACUACAUUGCUGCUGAAGAGGAGGACUGGGACUAUGCUCCCUCAGCCCUUACCUCCAAUGACAGAAGUUAUAAAAGUCUGUAUUUGAACAAUGGUCCUCAGCGGAUUGGUAGGAAGUACAAAAAAGUCCGAUUUAUAGCUUACACAGAUGAAACAUUUAAGACUCGUGAAGCUAUUCAGUAUGAAUCAGGAAUCCUGGGACCUUUACUUUAUGGAGAAGUUGGAGACACACUUUUGAUUAUAUUUAAGAAUAAAGCAAGCCGACCAUAUAAUAUCUACCCUCAUGGAAUCACUGAUGUCAGUCCUCUACACUCAGGGAGAUUUCCAAAAGGUAUGAAACCUUUGAAAGAUAUGCCAAUUCUGCCAGGAGAGAUAUUCAAGUAUAAAUGGACAGUGACUGUAGAAGAUGGGCCAACUAAAUCAGAUCCUCGGUGCCUGACCCGAUAUUACUCAAGCUUCAUUAAUCUAGAGAGAGAUCUAGCUUCAGGACUCAUUGGCCCUCUCCUCAUCUGCUACAAAGAAUCUGUAGAUCAAAGAGGAAACCAGAUGAUGUCAGACAAGAGAAAUGUCAUCCUGUUUUCUGUAUUCGAUGAGAAUCAAAGCUGGUACCUCACAGAGAAUAUUCAGCGCUUCCUCCCCAAUGCAGAUGGAGUGCAGCCCCAGGAUCCAGAGUUCCAAGUCUCCAAUGUCAUGCACAGCAUCAAUGGCUAUGUUUUUGAUAGCCUGCAGCUCUCGGUUUGUUUGCAUGAGGUGGCAUACUGGUACAUUCUAAGUGUUGGAGCACAGACUGACUUCCUCUCUGUCUUCUUCUCUGGAUAUACCUUCAAACACAAAAUGGUCUAUGAAGACACCCUCACCCUAUUCCCCUUCUCAGGAGAAACUGUCUUCAUGUCAAUGGAAAACCCAGGUCUGUGGGUUCUGGGGUGCCAUAACUCAGAUUUUCGGAACAGAGGCAUGACAGCCUUACUGAAGGUUUAUAGUUGUGACAGUAACACUGGUGAUUAUUAUGAGGACACAUAUGAAGAUAUUCCAACCCUCUUGCUGAAUGAAAACAAUGUCAUUGAACCCAGAAGCUUCUCCCAGAAUUUAAGGCACCCUAGCACUAGGCAAAAGCAAUUCAAAGCCACCACAACUCCAGAAAAUGAUAUAGAGAAGAUUGACCCUGAGUCUGGAGAGAGAACGCAGCUGCUUAAAGAACAAAGUGUCUCCUCCAGUGAUUUGUUGAUGCUCUUGAGACAGAAUCCUACUCCACAUGGGUUGUCCUUAUCUGAUUUCCAAGAAGCCAGAAACGAGGCUAAUGAUCAUUCACCUGGAGCAACAGAAAGAAACAAGGACCCAUCUGAAGUGGCGCAUCUCAGACCAGAGCUCCAUCACAGUGGGGAAAGCGUAUCUACUCCUGAGCCAGAACUGCCAUCAAGAUUAAAUGAGAAUUUGGGGACAACUGUAACAGUAGAGUUGAAGAAACUGGAUUUAAAAGUUUCUAGUUCAUCGGACAAUCUAAUGACUUCACCAACAGUUCCAUCAGACAAGUUGUCAGCAGGUACUGAAAAGACCGGUUCAUUAGCACCCACAAAUAUGCCAGUUAAUUUUAGUGGUCAGUUAGGCGCCACUGUAUCUGGCAAAACUUCAUCUCAGUUUAUUGGGUCUGGUGAACCUUUGGGCUUGACUAAAGAAGAUAAUGAUUCCAAGUUGCUAGAAGCAGUUUUAACAACUAGUGAAAGUUCACUGGGAGGAAAUGCAUUAUCAACGGAGGGUGAAAGAGUUCGUGGACCUGCCUCGCUGACCAAAGAUGAUGCUUUAUUUAAAGUUAAUAUCUCUUUGGUAAAAACAAAGUCAUCAGUUAACUCAACAGCUAAUAGAAAGACUCACAUCGAGGAUCCAACAUUAUUCAUUGCGAAUAGUACAUCAGUCUGGCAAGAUACUAUGUUAGAAAGUAAUACUGAGUUUCAAGAAGUGACUUCCUUGAUUCAUGAUGAAAUGUUUAUGGACAAAAAUGCUACAGCGUUGGGACUAGAUCAUGUGUCAAAUAAAACUACUUCAUCAAAAAAUAUGGAAAUAACCCAUCAAAAAAAAGAAGGCCCUGCGUCAUUAGAUGCAGAAUAUCCAGAUACAUCAUUCUUGAAGACUCUGUUCUUGCCAGAUUCAACAAACUGGAUAAAAAGAACCCAUGGCAAGAACUCUCUAAACUCUGGGCAAAGGCCCAGUACAAAGCAAUUAGGAUCAGGAAAAUCUCUGAAAGAUCAGAAUUUCUUGUCAGAAAAGAACAAGGUGGUAGUAGGAGAGGAUGAAUUUAGCAAGGACACAGGUCUCAAAGAGAUGAUUUUUCCAAAUAGCAAGAGCGUAUUUCUUACUAACUUGGCUAAUGUCCAAGAAAAUGAUACACACAAUCAAGAAAAAAAGUCUCAGGAAGAGAUAGAAAGGAAAGGAAAGUUAAUCCAAGAGAAUGUAGUUUUGCCUCAGGUGUAUACAGUGACUGGAACUAAGAAUUUCCUGAAGAACCUUUUUUCACUAAGCACUAAGCAAAAAGUAGAAGGUUUAGAUGAGGAGACAUAUCCUCCAGUACUUCACGACACCAGGUCAUUAAAUGGCUCAGCAAAAAGAGCAAAAAUAAAGGAGGAAGCAAACUUGGAAGGCUUGAGAAAUCAAACAAAGCAAAUGGUAGAAAAAUAUCCAAGCACAAGGAUGUCUCCUAUUCCAAGUCAGCAGAAUGCUAUUCCUCAACGUGAUAAGCGAGAUUUGAAACAAUUCAGACUCCCACUAGAAGAAAUAAAGCUUGAAAGGGGGGUAAUUCUGAAUGACACCUCAACUCAGUGGUCCAAAAACAUGAAAUAUUUGACCCAGGGCACCCUCACGCAGAUAGAGUGCAACAAGAAGGAGAAAAGGGCCAUUACUCAGUCGUUCUUAUCAGAUUGUUCUAUGAGGAGUCAUGACAUCAUUCAAACAAAUGGUUCUGCAUUACCCAUUGCACAGCUAUCAGUACUCCCAUCAAUUAGAACUACAGAUCUGACCAAGAUUCCAUCCCAAGACAACUGUUCUCAUCCUCCAGCAUCCUUCUGUAGUUAUGGCUUUGCAGAAAGGAGUUCUGGGGUCCAAGAAAGCAGUCGCUUCUUACAGGGAGCCAAGAGAAAUAACCUUUCUUUAGCCUUCCUCACCUUCGAAGUGAUCAGAGGUCAAAGAAAGAUCAGCCCCCUGGGGAAACAAGCCACAAACCCACUCAUGUACAAGAAACUUGAGAACACUGUUGCCUUGAAACCAGGCUUGUUUGAAGCAUCCGGCAAAGUAGUUCAUCAGGAAGACUUUUUCGUUACAAAAGCUGUCAGUGGUGCUCCUGCCCAUCUGCAUCUCAGGGAAGAGAUCUUCCUUCAGAAAACACAGGGACGUGCUAAGUUAACUAAAGUAAAUAGACCCGGAAAAGUGCCCUUUCUGAAAUGGGCAACAGAAAGCUCUGAAAAGACUCCCUCCAAGCUGCUGAGUUCCCUUGCUUUGAAUAACCAAUAUGCUGCCCUGAUACCACGAGAAGAGUGGAAAUCCCCAAAGAAGUCACAAAAACGCACAGCUUUUAAGACAAAAGACACCAUUUUGCCCCUGGACCCUUGUGAAAACAAUCAUUCAAUAGCAGGAAUAAAUGAAGGACAAAAUAAGACCCAAAGAGAAGCCACCUGGGUAAAGCAAGAAGACAUUGGAAGGUUGUGCUCUCAAAAUCCACCAGUCUUGAAACGCCAUCGAAGGGAAAUAACCAUUACUACUUUUCAGCCAGAGGAAGACAAAAUUGACUAUGAUGAUACUCCGCCAAUUGAAACGAAGAGAGAAGAUUUUGACAUUUAUGAUGAGGAUGAGAAUCAGGAUCCCCGCAGCUUUCAAAAGAGAACACGACACUAUUUUAUUGCUGCAGUGGAGCGGCUCUGGGAUUACGGGAUGAGCAGAUCCCCCCGUGCACUAAGAAACAGAGCUCAGAAUGGCGGUGUCCCUCAGUUCAAGAAGGUGGUAUUCGAGGAAUUUGCUGAUGGCUCCUUUACUCAGCCCUUAUACCGUGGAGAAUUAAAUGAACACUUGGGACUCUUGGGACCAUAUAUAAGAGCAGAAGUCGAAGACAAUAUCAUGGUAACUUUCAAAAACCAGGCCUCUCGUCCCUACUCCUUCUAUUCUAGCCUCAUUUCUUAUGAGGAAGAUCAGAGUCAAGGAGCAGAACCAAGAAAAAAGUUUGUCAAGCCGAAUGAAACCAGAACUUACUUUUGGAAAGUGCAGCACCACAUGGCACCGGCUGAAGAUGAGUUUGACUGCAAAGCCUGGGCUUAUUUUUCUGAUGUGGACCUGGAAAAAGAUGUGCACUCAGGCUUGGUUGGACCCCUUCUGAUCUGCCGCACAAACACUCUGAGCGCUGCUCAUGGGAGACAAGUGACAGUGCAGGAAUUUGCUCUGUUUUUCACUAUUUUUGAUGAGACCAAGAGCUGGUACUUCACUGAAAACAUGGAAAGGAACUGCAGGGCUCCCUGCAAUAUCCAGAUGGAGGACCCCACUUUUAAAGAAACGUAUCGCUUCCAUGCAAUCAAUGGCUACGUGAUGGAUACACUACCAGGCUUAGUGAUGGCUCAGGAUCAAAGGAUCCGAUGGUAUCUCCUCAGCAUGGGCAGCAAUGAAAAUAUCCAUUCUGUUCAUUUCAGUGGACAUGUGUUCACUGUACGGAAGAAGGAGGAGUAUAAAAUGGCAGUCUACAAUCUCUACCCUGGUGUUUUUGAGACGGUGGAAAUGCUACCAUCCAAAGUUGGAAUCUGGCGGAUAGAAUGUCUUAUUGGCGAGCACCUGCAAGCUGGGAUGAGCAGUCUCUUCCUGGUGUACAGCAAGCAGUGUCAGACUCCACUGGGAAUGGCUUCUGGACGCAUUAAAGAUUUUCAGAUUACAGCUUCAGGACAGUAUGGACAGUGGGCCCCAAAGCUGGCCAGACUUCAUUAUUCCGGAUCAAUCAAUGCCUGGAGCACCAAGGACCCCUUUUCCUGGAUCAAGGUGGAUCUGUUGGCACCGAUGAUUAUUCACGGCAUCAUGACCCAGGGUGCCCGUCAGAAGUUGUCCAGCCUCUACAUCUCUCAAUUUAUCAUCAUGUAUAGCCUUGACGGAAAGCAGUGGCGGAGUUAUCGAGGGAAUUCCACUGGGACCUUAAUGGUCUUCUUUGGCAAUGUGGACUCAUCUGGGAUAAAACACAAUAUUUUUAACCCUCCAAUUAUUGCUCGGUACAUCCGUUUGCACCCAACGCAUUACAGCAUCCGCAGCACUCUUCGCAUGGAGUUGAUAGGCUGUGAUUUAAACAGUUGCAACAUGCCACUGGGAAUGGAGAAUAAAGCAAUAUCAGAUACACAGAUUACUGCCUCAUCCCACUUAAGCAAUGUGUUUGCCACCUGGUCUCCUUCACAAGCCCGCCUUCACCUCCAAGGGAGGACUAAUGCCUGGAGACCCCGGGCAAAUAACCCGAAAGAAUGGCUGCAGGUGGACUUCCAGAGGACAGUGAGAGUCACGGGAAUAACCACCCAGGGGGCGAAAUCUCUGCUUACCAGCAUGUACGUGAAGGAGUUCCUCAUAUCCAGUAGUCAAGAUGGCCAUACGUGGACUCUGUUUCUUCAGAAUGGCGAAGUAAAGGUUUUUCAGGGAAAUCAAGACUCCUUCACACCCGUGGUGAACGCUCUAGACCCCCCACUGUUUACCCGCUUCCUUCGAAUUCACCCGCAGAGCUGGACGCACCACAUCGCCCUAAGGCUGGAGCUUCUGGGCUGCGAGACGCAGCAGCAGUACUGAGGCCUCGUCCCUUCCUUUCCUGACGGGUCCAGCAUUCCUCCAAGCCCAGCCUCCGGGUCACUUCCUGUGCCACACUGCCCACGGCACCAUCCUUUUUCUAUGUAUUUCUGCUCCUCAGUCCCGGGAGACAUGCCCUGAAGCCUCCCAAAUCAGUCAUCAUGGGUCCUGCGUUCUCUGGGGCCAUUGCAUCCAAUUUACCUCUUGUGCGUUUGCUGCAGCCACUCCCAGAUUAGUCCUUCCUUCCAAGGUAAUCAGGCAAAAAGCAAUGAGGAAACCCAUCUGGAAAGCAUUCUUUUCCAGACAUGGCCACCACUUCCUCCUGUGUGGUGACCAAGAAAGGUCAUGAUCAUACUAGGCUUUUAAAGGACAUAUUUUUAAUAUUUCCGCAGAAAAAUCCAUGGCUCUCUGGGAUAGGAGCUGCAACAUAAUAAUUCUAAUCAUGCAGUCAUUUUAGUCCCUCCUCAGGUAGUUUCCUGCUGAAAAGACACAACAAAAUGUAACGUGAAAUUCUGUACUAUGACUGAAAACUCGAGUCCCACUCACAGAGGUGAAAUAUCAAGGACUCAGAAGGAAACUGAGCUGAUGGAAGCAGAGACAAAAUCCUCCAGAGGGAAGAUCCUCCGGUCUGCCACAUCCACUGUGGAGGAGGAACCCCCACCUUGCCCUACCCCUGACAGAUAAGGUUGGGAGUGGUUUACUGUCCUGUAAAAGUCCGUUCAGGUUAGAGGUUAAAUUACAGAGAUCAAUAAGUAGCUUUUCUGUAUAGCCUGGUAGAGAAGUUAACCCCAAAGGUGAUAUGCUUUGACUCCCUCUAAAAGGUUAACCACUUUUAUGUCUAACUUAAUCAUCUUGUUUUGGCAUUCCUUUCCCAUUGACCACAUACAUCUCUAUUUCUCAAAAGCUCUUGGAAUCAGCUCUUUUGUCUUCCUGCUGGUUUCCUCAAUAAUCAGUUAAAUAAAACAUUGACACGUAAAAACAAAUGCCUUUGAGAGUUGUGUUUUUAUACUGGAAAUAAAAAUGUGAACAAUGAAAUUUUAUAAAAACAAAUAGAGGCACUGAAUAGCAGGAUGGAUGGUUUAGAAAAACAAAUUAGUGAGUUACAAAGCAAUUAUAUUCCAAUAAAGAGCUUAAAAAAGAGUGAGUUAGAAAAUCAGGUUAAAUUGAACUCACAGUAAAAAGUGCUAUAAUUUAUGAGGUGAAGCUAACAUUAAAAAAAAUUAGAAGUGGAGCCUUGAUCCAGUAGCACAGAGAGAGAUGCUUAAUCUUGACAUCCAUUAGCACUCUUCUCUUUCUUAUCUCACAGAUGGAAGUGUCCAUACUAGAAGGAGUAAUUAACCCUGAUGUUUAUGAGGAGUUGGGGCUGCUGCUACACAGGAGGGGCAGAGAAGAAUAUGCUUGGCACUCAGGUGGUCCACCCGGGCAUCUCUGAGGACUAAAGGCAGCAGUUUGGGCUCUGGCCCAUCCCACUAACCCCCCCCCCCCUUUUAUAAGUUUUCUAGAGGUUGACCAACCAGAAUCCUGGAGAGGCUGUGGCAGAAUGUGAGAAAUUAGUGCAUUUGAGACCAUAGCAUAUGCUGUACUUGCAUCGCCCAGAUCUCCUGGGAUCCCUUUUAUGAGUUCAAUGUUUGCAAUCAUCCCACAACUGGUUUGGCUAAUGGGGGACCUGUACUCAGAAACCAACAAGACCCUGAUGAAAGAAACUAAAGAUGAAAGAAACAGAUGGACGAAUAUACUGUGUUCGCAGAUUGGAAAAUGACCAUGCUACCCAAGGCAAUCUACAGAUUUAAUGCAAUCUUUAUCAAAAUACCAAUGGCAUUUUCCCAGAACUAAAACAAACAAUUCUGAAACUUAAAUGGAAACACAGAGGACCCUGAACAGCCAAAAGAAUCUUGAGGAAAAAAAAAAAAAAGGCAGGAGGAAUCAGGCUCCCUGACUUCAGACUAUAGUACAAAGCUACAGUCAUGAAAACAAUAUGGUACUGGCUCAAAAACAGACACGUAAACCAAUGGAACAGGAUAGAGAGCCCAGAAAUAAACCCACACACCUAUGGUCAAUUAAUCUAUGACAAAGGAGAAAAGAAUAUACAAUGGAGAAAAGACUGUCUAUUCAAUAAGUGGUGCUGGGGAAAGUGGACAACUACAUGUCAAAGAAUGAAAUUAGAACGUUUCCUCAUACCAUACACAAAAAUAAACUCAAAGCGGUAUAAUUAUUUUGGAAAACAAUCUGGUAUUAUCUACAAAAGUUGAGCAUAUGGAUAUCCUAUGGCAAUUCUGUUGGGUAAUGACCUAGACCCAGAACUGCCAUGUGAAACAAGAGACAUGGCAGCACUAUUCAGAACAGCUCCAAACUGAAAACAACCCUUAUUGCAUAUAUUUCUUAGUGACUCAUUUUAAUUGCUGUAUAGUAAUCCAUUAUAUAAUAUAUAUCACAAUUUAUUUAUCCAUUGCUUCUGAUACAUCAUUUAUGCCGUUUCUUCUAUGGAGCUGAUCAUCCUUUUUAAAAAAUUGAUUUC